AUGUCAACAGAAAGUGCCCUUUCAUACGCAAGUCUCAUCUUAAGUGAUGCAGAACUCCCAAUCACUGCUGAACAAUUAUUAAAAUUAACUCAAGCUGCCAAUGUUGAAGUUGAAGGAAUUUGGGCUGAUUUAUUUGCUAAAGCUUUAGAAGGUAAAGAUUUAAAAGAAUUUUUCUUUAACUUCUCAUCAGCUCCAGCCGCUGCUGCUCCAGCUGCUGCUGCUAGUGGUGAUGCUGCCGCUGGUGGUGAAGCUGCUGCUGAAGAAAAGAAAGAAGAAGAAGCUAAAGAAGAAUCAGAUGAUGAUAUGGGAUUCGGUUUAUUCGAUUAA